GCGUUACACCGUUCAGCUGUGAUUUUAGAAGUGCAAAAGAAAAAAUGAUUCAAUAGUUCAUUAAUCGAAAAGUAUGACAUUAGUUAUUACAAGAUAGUUGAGAACAAACUUAUUUAUAAAGCAAAUACACGAAUAACGUACAACAAAUGACUCUCGAUAUUGAUAAAACUGUAUAUUCUGAUAAGUUGAAUGGAAAAUCGCCGAUUCAACCAAAAAUAGAUAAAACUGAUCAUGAAAAGCCUUAUAAAGUGCAGUUAGUCUGGAGGAACAUUAUUAUUUUUAUUUAUUUGCAUCUUGGAGCAUUAUACGGUGUAUACUUAAUUUUCUCUUCAGCAAAAAUCUCAACAACGAUAUUUGCUAUUAUUCUGUAUCAUUUGAGUGGGUUCGGAAUCACAGCUGGAGUUCAUAGACUUUGGUCUCAUCGAGCUUACAAAGCGAAAUGGCCACUGCGAUUGCUUUUGACAUUAUUCAAUACUAUAGCUUUUCAGGAUGCCGUUGUCGACUGGGCAAGAGACCAUCGCAUGCACCACAAAUAUAGCGAGACAAACGCUGAUCCAUAUAAUGCAAAAAGGGGAUUCUUUUUUGCACAUGUUGGCUGGCUGCUUUGUCGUAAACAUCCAGAACUUCGAGAAAAAGGAAAAGAAAUUGAUUUAAGGGAUUUGUACGCCGAUCCUAUACUUAGAUUCCAAAAAAAAUACUACAUGAUUUUAAUGCCACUGUGUUGUUUCAUUCUGCCAACUGUGAUACCAGUUUAUUGUUGGAAUGAAUCGUGGAGAAAUGCUUACUUUGUACCAACUAUUUUACGCUGGGUUUACACUGUAAAUGCAACUUGGUUUGUAAACUCCGCUGCACACCUAUUUGGAAAUAAGCCGUAUGAGAAGAGUAUUUAUCCAUCGCAAAAUUUAGGCGUUUCUAUAGUAGCUUUAGGAGAGGGUUGGCAUAAUUACCACCAUACUUUCCCUUGGGACUAUAAAACAGCAGAAUUGGGAAAUUACGCGUUUAAUUUCACCACUGCUUUCAUCGAUUUAUUCGCAAAGAUAGGUUGGGCUUAUGAUUUAAAAACUGUUUCACCAGACAUUAUCAAAAGACGAGUCCAAAGAACUGGUGAUGGAAGUCAUGAACUUUGGGGUUGGGGUGAUAAAAAUAUAACGAAAGAAGACUUACAAGCAACGACUAUCACUCAUAAACGUUCGUAAUCGAUAAAACAAUUAAACAUACAUAUGCAAAUACUUCAAUUAUUUCUUUGGAAUAGCCCUCUUGAGCAGCUAUUAUCGUACUUAGCUUUUAGAAAUUAAAAAUAUACAUCAAUGUUUUUUUUCUAAAUUUGAUCACAUAAUUGGUUUAAAUAAAUAAAAUGA